UGUCUCUGUCUCUGUCUCUCUCUCUCUCUCUCUCCCGGCCACCCCCUCUACUUCUUUCUGGAAUUAGUCCUCUGAAGUUUUGGCUCACUGGCAGUACCUCUCCUGUUACUGUGGUGUGAGUUGCUGCUGCUGCUGCUGCUGCUGCCGGCGCUGCUGCUUCUCUCAUUCUCCCUCUGCCGUUUUUAUUGAGUGAGGGUGGGUGGAAAAUUCACUAGAGAAGAAGAAGAAGAAGCAGCAUAGGCAGGGGAAAAAAGUCGGGGGAAAUUCAGGGGAAAGGAGGGAAAAUCAAUCUUCUGGUUGUGGAAUAGUUUCAGCCAGCUCGAGGCAGCCCCAGUGGCUGUCCAAGAAGGCAGAGCAGCUACAGGGAGAAUGUCCCAUCGGCUGCGGCUCUACUUUGGCGCCGGCCGCAGUAACACAGCCCCCGAGCUGCAGCAGCCGGGCUGCGAUGUGCGCUACUUGGCGAAUGAGAACGGGUCGUAUCCCAUCCUCCACAGAGCGUCCGAAGGCGAAGAUGAAGCCAUGGCAUUCCAGCAUCCGCAGCCGCGUCGUCAGGGUGCCGGCAGUGGCGGUGGUGCGUCAGGAAGAGCACACGGGCAUGAGGUGGUGAUGACAGCGGCGGCCGCCGCUGACGGAUCGCUCAAGCGAAGCUCUUCCAUGUUCAUCCCGCAGCUGCAGAGCUCGCCAGAGCCGCGGCCCACCAAGAGCUCGUCCAUGCAGAUCUCGCUGCAGCGUUCCAGCGCACAUGCGGAAGACGGCGGCGGACUCUAUCAGGACUGUCCGCCGGAGUACCCGGACGAGCCUGCCCCAGCCUACACAGAGCCUAGCCCCGGCUGGAAUGCCCCACCGGGUUACUCGCGCAUAGCCCAUCCCAACACUGAGCCUGCGCUGCCGAAGAGGAGGGUGUUUUGCGUGAGGCCUGGUCACAUUCAGGACGGAUACACAGUCUCCUCUGGAGCUGCAUCUCCUGGCGGCAUUAGCUUUGGAGGAUUUUGCAUUAACAGGAACUCACCUGAUGGCUCAGAGGUCCGACAGCUCAGAAUCACGCCUUAUGGACCGUCGGACAGUCAGGCAGGCCCGUGCCGCUGGUCCGUCCAGCAAGACAUGGAAGGCGCCUCAGGGCCACAGAGGCUUGUGUUUCAGCUUCAGCAGGAUCAGCCAAGGCAGGGGCAACCCGACGGAGCACAGAAAGAGGCAUUUAACCUGGGAUUCACCGGCCCCAAGGGUGCGCGUGUUGUACGUUACCCCAGGAUUCGGCUAGAAAGGAGUGCAUCACAGCCCCUGAAGACCCACGUUGCUCCCCGGAGGACUGGAUCCACUCCAGACCUGUUUGGGACAACCAACAGCACUCAGAUGGACACUGAAAGUGAAGACGGCAGUGAGGACGGAUCUCAGGGCUGUACGUUUAAGAUUCAGAAGCAGGAGCAGAAGACCAGACAGCCACAAUUUAAAAUCUACUUCAGCCAGGGUGCCGAUCACGGCUCCAAGUCGGCGCAGGAUUUGACCUUAGGAAAUGGAGCGGUGAGGAUAAAACCUCAGACAAGAGAUGACUUUCUCGGGCAAGUCGAUGUGCCUCUUAAUCAUUUGCCGACGGAGGACCCAGCCAUGGAGCGGCCGUACACGUUUAAGGACUUCCUUCUGCGCCCACGAAGUCACAAGUCCCGGGUGAAGGGCUACCUGCGGCUGAAGAUGGCCUACCUGCCCAAGAACGGAGCUCCGGAGGAAGAGAACAACGAGAUGAGAGAAGAGGCAGAGGGCUGGGAGGACUCGGCUGACACAGGCUCCCAGCGCCCUCAGCAGCAGCCGCCCCCGUUGCCCGCCGGCUGGGAGGAGAAGGUGGACAACCUGGGCCGCACCUACUUCGUCAAUCACAACAACCGCACCACUCAGUGGAAGAGGCCAGAGGGCGUGGAUGUGGUCUCGGAGACGCAGGAAAAUGACAACCACUUGCGGAUCAACCAGGAGGCGCAUCGCGUGUUCCGCUCGCGAAGGCACAUCAGUGAGGACCUGGAGAACGAGCACCUCGAGCCAAGAGACGCAGACGACACAUGGGAGACCAUCACGGAGGAGAGCACUGUCGACUCCCUCAGCCAAUCACUGCCAGGCCCGUCCCUGGCCACACCUGCUCCAGAGUUCUCGGAGGAGAUCAGCCUGCGCCUGUCGCUCACGCCCGACACCAACGGCGAGCUGCCCGGGCCCAGCUCUGCUGUGCAGAGUCAUCUCUCGUCUAGGCUGCGUUCCUCCAGUAUGACUGAUGGCGUUAGUGAGCAGGCCCAACCACCCCCACCCACGACUCCCCAGCAGAGCGGUCGAGGCAGAGCUCAAACGGUCACAGGCGUCGAAGAGCCCCGGUCCCCAUCCGCCAAUUACGCGCUGACGACCCCAGGCCUGCCCCCUGGCUGGGAGGAGCGGAAGGACGCCAAGGGCCGCACCUACUACGUCAACCACAACAGCCGCACCACCACCUGGACGCGCCCCAUCGUGCAGGCCACAGAAGAUGGCGCCAGCACAUCGUCUGGAGCGGCAGGGCCCAGUGGGGGGGCCACUGGGGGUGCGGUGACCCCGUCCCCUGGCGGGGCGAGCGGCGGGGGUCGCCUGAGCGAACCCCAGAUGAGGAGACCCCGAAGCCUCAGCUCCCCCACCGUCACCCUCUCUACACCACUGGAGGGAGCCAGCAACAACAUCCAGCUGCGUCGGGCGGUGAAAGACACUGCAUCCAAUCCCCAGUCGCCGCAGGGCGGCUCACCCUUCAGCUCGCCCAAGUCCUCGCAAAAGACGCCGCAGAGCUUCCUGCCGCCGGGCUGGGAGAUGAGGAUAGCCCCCAACGGACGGCCAUUCUUCAUCGACCACAACAGCCGCAACACCACCUGGGAGGACCCGCGGCUCAAAUACCCCAUCCACAUGAGGACAAAGGCAUCGCUGGACCCCGGCGACCUCGGCCCACUUCCACCUGGAUGGGAGGAACGUGUCCAUGCUGACGGCAGAACCUUCUACAUCGACCACAACACUAGAAACACACAGUGGGAGGACCCCCGACUACAGAGUCCAGCCAUCACAGGACCCGCCGUGCCAUACUCGAGAGAGUUCAAGCAGAAAUACGACUACUUCAGGAAGAAGUUAAAGAAACCGGCUGACAUCCCCAACCGCUUCGAGAUGAAACUGCACAGGAACAACAUCUUCGAGGAGUCGUACCGGCGCAUCAUGUCUCUGAAGCGGCCCGACAUCCUGAAGGCGCGGCUGUGGAUCGAGUUCGAGUCGGAGAAGGGCCUGGACUACGGUGGCGUGGCGCGCGAGUGGUUCUUCCUGCUCUCCAAGGAGAUGUUCAACCCCUACUACGGCCUCUUCGAGUACUCCGCCACAGAUAACUACACCCUACAGAUCAAUCCCAACUCGGGGCUCUGUAACGAAGAUCACCUUUCAUACUUCAAGUUUAUUGGCCGUGUGGCAGGGAUGGCUGUUUACCAUGGAAAGCUUUUAGACGGCUUCUUCAUCAGGCCGUUUUAUAAGAUGAUGCUGGGGAAGCAGAUUACACUCAAGGACAUGGAGUCAGUGGACAGUGAGUAUUACAACUCCCUCAAGUGGAUACUGGAGAACGACCCCACUGAGCUGGACCUGCGGUUCUGCAUCGAUGAGGACAACUUUGGCCAGACGUACCAGGUUGACCUGAAGCCCAGUGGCGGCGACAUGGUGGUCACGAAUGACAACAAAAAGGAGUACAUUGACCUUGUCAUCCAGUGGAGGUUUGUGAACCGGGUGCAGAAGCAGAUGAAUGCCUUCCUGGAGGGUUUUACCGAGCUUAUCGUCAUCGACCUUAUCAAAAUCUUUGAUGAGAACGAGCUUGAGCUCCUCAUGUGUGGUCUGGGUGAUGUGGAUGUGAAUGACUGGAGACAACACACGGUCUACAAGAACGGCUACUGCCCCAACCAUCCAGUCAUCCAGUGGUUCUGGAAGGCCGUGCUUCUGAUGGAUGCGGAGAAGAGAAUCCGCCUGCUACAGUUCGUCACUGGGACGUCCAGAGUGCCAAUGAACGGCUUUGCUGAGCUCUAUGGUUCCAAUGGGCCGCAGCUCUUCACCAUUGAGCAGUGGGGGACGCCGGACAAGCUGCCCAGAGCUCACACCUGCUUCAACCGUCUGGAUCUGCCUGCGUAUGACACGUUUGAGGACUUGAGAGAGAAGCUGCUGAUGGCGGUGGAAAAUGCCCAGGGCUUUGAAGGCGUGGACUAAACACACACACACACACACAGAAACACACACACAAAGAGACACAAGAGAGAACUCACUCGGAACUGCCUGCCAAUGCAACUUACAGACAGAAAAAAACAACAACACUACUCUCUGACACAUGCACACACAGACACAAGCACACACACUCUGUGUCACACACACAGAGACGCACACACGCACACGCAUACGCAAAGAGACACUUGAGCUGCCAUGUAUGUUGCCACUGAGCCGCAAGUAGCGGACACAGGUGUGCGGCUGCGCAGACGUGCACGUUUAUGCAUGCAUGCAGGCCAGCUGCAUCCACCCAGACCCAGAGCCAGACCCCUCCGACUCCGACUGCGACUGCUCUCUCACCUGCUGCUCCUCAAAGCAGCCUCCCAAGCAACAGCAGCAACAGAGCAGUGUCCUUUAUACUGGAGCCGCUGUCUGUCUCCAUCUCGAUCUCGAUAUCUCUUUCUUGCUCUCGCUCUCCGAACUGAGGCUGCCCAGGGAAGGCCAAAAUAUUCAGGGGAAAGAAAGAAAUAUUUUUCUCUGCCUCUCUUCUUUCUCUUUUUUUCUCUUUCUCUUUUUCUCUUUCUCUGUCCGAUUUUCUCUCUCUCUCUCUCUCUCUCUUUCUCUCUCUUUCUCUCCUCCACCUCUCCUCCACAUAGACACGAUCCUCUGGUGCAUUUCUACUCUCCUCUCCUUCUCUGCUGGGAACGGGCACGGCCCUUGACUUUUUGCAUUAUUUUAGUACAAAAGCAAAAAAAUAAAUAAAUAAAAUAAACAAAUAAAACAUGAAGACACAAAAACGACAAAAUUGCAACUAUGACUUUAUAAAGCAGGUCUCACACUACCAUGUUACCUUAGCAACACUAGCCAAGCACUGAUGUUGAUAACAUGACCGAUGUUCAGACUUACACAUACAUUUUCUUUCUCUCUGGUUCCCCAAAAACACAACAUGCUGUUCCUGCUAUCCUCUUGGCUGUUUCUGUUUUUAAAUCACAUUUUUUGCAGGAAGAAGAGACAAAACAAAAGCUAUGACGCAGCAGCGGACUGUUCAUAUUGAUCAUUUUUCAAACUUUUAUCAUCUUCGUGGUUACUUGUAGGGAAAUACUUCAAGAUGUGAUCUUUUGUUCAAAUAUGAUGUGUGUGUUAUUUUACUAGACAACUUGUUAUCUACAGGUAGGCAUGAAUCAAAGCCAAUAGUGGACGGGGAAAAAAGGAAUCAUCCAUAUGUUAUCACAAGGAAAAGCCUCAAUUUUUAAAACAAACAAAAAAAGAACAUUAUUAUCAUAGUGCUAUGGACAACUGGCAUGAACAUGUUACUUGUGUUUGCUAUGAUUACAAUAGUAAUUGUACUGUUUUUCUUUCUCCUGCUGGGAAGUGCAAGAAUGGCUGUGGUGAUAAAUUAGGAAAAAUGUACUAUAGCUUUUUUUUCCCGUUUGAGGUUGAAUUGCCACAGCAGAUCUAUACUAUACAUAUUAUUAUGACCAUUAUUAUUAUGAAGAUGAUGAUGCUUCUUAUCCAUGUCCAUAAUGCUGUAAAUUAAUUUCUUAACAUUUGUUUUUUCUUUCUUUCUCACAUUGUAUGUAAUUUACAUCAGAUGAAAAGUAUUAAUGAACACAUGAUCGAUUUUAAGCUGUGCAAAGAUGUGACGCCGAGAAGCUGCAGGCUUUCUCUCUCUCUCUCUCUCUCUCUCUCUCUCUCUCUCUCUCUCUCUCUCUCUCCCUCUCUCUCCCUCUCCAUUUCUCUCCUUCAGUUUUGAGCUCUCACACACCACUAAAACCAAAAGGGCACUUUACAGAUUCCCUUCAUAAUCAUAUCAAUUGUCUUGCGUCUCUUAGUAAUUAUUAAUUAACUUGAAUGUGAUUUAUUUUUGUUUGUUUGUUUUCGUUUAUUUGUUUGUUGAUUGAUUUUUUUUUUCGCUCUCAAAAAGCACUAAAUUAUCUGGUGCAAUACCUACAUCAUAUGUACCUGUACGAGUCUCUACAUCGGACUGCUGCUAACAUUUUAACACAAGACAUGGCACCCCAUCUGGGCCUCUACUCUCUCCACUUAUCUAUAUUUCUCUUCAAUCACCCACUAACUCAACCCAUAAACAUGCUCUAAUAAAUUAAAUGUCUUAUUACAUGUCCUUAUUUCUCGCUCACUCUCACUCUCUCUCUCUCUCGCUCUCGCUCGUUCUCCCUGUCUCCUUUUUAAAUGGGGGUUCUUUUUUAUGAAUGGGGAAAAAAAAUCAUCACUUUGUUUAAAAUUCCACACCACCACAAGCUCCUGCAUUUCAUAUUUUACUUGGAAAGAAAUUAAAGUGAGACAUUGAACUCCAA